AAUGUCGGCUUACACUACAUAAAUGUUCCAACCAAACACAUCUCCAUCGGAUCCUUGUAAUCAAUUGCUGUGUGGAUGGGGACAGAUUCAAGUCCUAAAAGUUGUACAGUAAAGUGCCAUUCUUUUUCUAUCUCCCCUCAAGGCUUGGUUAAUCAUAUCUGCAGAUUCCUGUUUGCUAUAUAUACCCAAGAAAAACAAGAAAUAGUUAGCUUCUAUUAUCCUAAAUUAGGAAUUCCAUGGAGUCGAAAGCUAGCAUUAUCGGCCCGCUACUUCUAGUUCUUCUCCUCAUUACUCCAUGCUCUUCGACUUCGAGAGGUGGGUUUUAUGUGAAAAACACGGAUUCACAGAUUUAUGACAUUGAUUAUAGAGGUCCAGAGACUCAUAGGUACAGACCACCACCUAAUCGAGCCUGCGGCCGCCAUGUAGGUGCAAAAGGAAGUGGAAUGAAAAAGCAUCGUUGAUCAAGAUUUCUGUUAUGCGAUCGGUUUAGUUAUUGCCAGCUGAAGUGGAUUGUAGUCAAUAGAAAGUCCUUGUUUUUGUGUUAUAUUUAUCGAUUUGUGGAGAGAAUUGGUGUAUGUAAUUGUGAUGUAAUCCAUAUUUAUCAGUAAUCAUCGAUAUAUAAUAACUAUGUUUUGUGAGUUAAACAUUC